AUGGCCAAGUCUAAGAACGCCUCUCAGCACCACAACAGCCAGAAGGCUCACCGUAACGGGUGCCGAACCCGAUCGAGAUCAGAUCCAGCAAUGCAACAUAGCUCAGCCAACACCCCUCUGCGAUGGAUACUACGAAAUGAAACGAUGAGGAGCAGGCCGCUGACAUACUUGACUCGCAACAGUAUCAAGAAGCCUAAGACUCACCGUUACCCCUCCCUCAAGGGUGUUGACCCCAAGUUCCGCCGCAACCACCGUCACGCUCUUCACGGAACCAUGAAGGCUCUUAAGGAGCGCAAGGAGGGCAAGCGUGAGGUCGCAUAA